UAGUUACGUUGCGUUGAUGAUAUUCUGCUGUUAUAUUAGGAAACUGAUUAUACGAGAAUGUAUAAGCGAAUAGCGGCACAAGUUUCCAUACUAAAUGUAUAUAUUUUUGCAGGUUUCGUUUUAUGGGUACAACCCUCUGGAUAAUUUCCAUCCUGUCGAUCACAAAUCUCACAGGAGGCAAUUCAACAUUGAUUGAGAAAAAUUUCGAUUUGACUUCAUACUUGCGGCCUCUACCUGAAGAUUUACGGACGAAGGUGAGAUUGGCUUUAAAUGCAGAGAAAGGAAAUCUACCAACGAUCCAAGAAUGUGAACAAUCUGAUGACUCGGUACCAUGUCCACCAAGCAAGUUCAGGUCUACCAAUGGAGAGUGUAAUAAUGUGAGACAUCCCAGUUGGGGUACUCGUGGAGCUCCAUUCCUGAGACUUGUAGAUGCGGAAUAUGCCGAUAGAAAAUCUCAGCCGAGAAGCUCAUCAACAACAAAGUCGCUUCCCAAUCCUCUAGAUGUUUCCGCCACUCUUCAGUCUAUUCCCGUUCAAUCGCACGAAUCAGUUACUGCUCUGCUUGGAGCAUGGAGCGAGCUUCUUUUGCACGAUUUGGCUAUGACGGGCAACCUAAAGAGUGAGGAUUGCUGUGCGGAUAACGAGAUUCAUCAAGAAUGUUAUGGACAUCUCGGAAACGGGCAAUGUAAGGAAUAUAUGAGGACUUUGCCGUCUAUGGAUGUUGAUAGUUGCAAUUUCAGUAAGUAACGUAAAAUAUUGAAAUGUUGAGGACGCACUCACAAGAGUAAAGGCUCGAAAAUCAAAUUGUCCAGACCUCAAAACAAACUCCUUUCAAUCCCUGCAAAUGUGACGUCACGCAAAGUAGGCCAGCGCUCGACAUAACCCGGGUAUACAUGGAUCAACUGUUCGAAUAUCAAGAUUUUAUACCCAAAUAAUCUUUUCAAGAAUUUACAUGCUUUCUACAAUGUUUGGUUUAACUGACUAACUUUUCCGUUAAGUAACGUCGUUCACUAGCCACAAACGUUUUAACUUCAG